AUGGCACGCUUGUUGUCCUGCUUCUCCCGUCUUGCAUCUCCUCCUCCUCCUCCUCCUCCUCCCAAACAAUCUCCUCCACCUUCAUCCAUUUCCACCACCACCUUCCCUAAACCUCCACUACUCCUGUCCUUGUCCACCUCCUUAUGCAACACUUUAGACUCCCUAAUAACUACCUUCUUAGACCCACCUCAUCUUCACCCUCACUUAAACCCUAAUCUCGUCCUCUCCAACAACUUCUCUCCUCUCCCUCCUCUUCCUCCCACUCCUUGUCCACCUCCUCUUCAACCUCUUCCCUCCUCCCUCUCCGGCGGCGUCUACAUCCGCAACGGCCCUAACCUUUUUCUCCCUCCUUCCGGCCCUCACCACCUCAUCGAUGGUGACGGCAUGCUUCACUCUCUUCUCCUCCCUUCCUCCUCCUCUUCUUCCCCUCCUCUCUUCUCCUCCCGCUUCAUCCUCACCAACAAACACCUUCUCGAACUCCGCUCUAACUCCCCUCUCUUCCCUUCUUCCCUCCUCUCCUUCCACGGCCUCCCCGGCCUCCUCCGCUUCGCCGUCCACCUCCUCCGCAUACUUACCUGCCAGUACAACCCUUUACUCGGCUUCGGCGUUGCCAACACCAGCCUCCUCUUCUUCUCCAACCGCGCCUUCGCUCUCUUCGAGUCCGACCUCCCUUACUCCUUCUUCAUCUCCCCCGACACCGGUGACACCACUACCAUCUCUCGCCAUGACUUCAAUGGCCAGCUUCACACCUCCAUGACUGCGCAUCCUAAGCUUGACCCUAUCUCCGGCGACCUUCUCGCUUUUCGCUACUCUCUCACACCACCUUUUCUCACCUUCUUCAGAUUCGACAACCUCGGCCAGAAGCUCUCCGAAGUCCAUAUCCAUUCUCUUCGUCAUCCCACCGUCAUCCACGACUUCGCCAUUACUCAACGCUUCGCCAUCUUCUCUGACGUCCAGCUUGUCAUGAAACUCCCCCUAACCUCCCCAGCCGUUCAGUUUGACCCUAAGAAAACACCUCGUUUAGGCUUACUCCCUCUAGACGCCAUUGAUGACUCGGAGAUGCUUUGGUUUGACGUGGCGGGGUUCAACAUGAUGCACUCGGUCAAUGCAUGGGAUGAAGAAGACGGCGCCGUUGUAGUUCUAGUGGGGCUUAACAUUGUUGGAGAUUCAAUGAAGUAUGUUGUAGAGAGAAUGGAGCUGCUGAGGAGCAGACUGGAGAUGGUGAGGAUAUACGUCAACUCCGGGAAAGUGACGAGGACUGUGAUCUCGCCGGAGAAUCUAGAGUUUGGUUCUGUGAACCAAGAGUACGUGGGCAGGAGGAACAGGUAUGUGUACGCCGGCGUGGCUGCUCCCCACCCGAAGAUCUCCGGCGUGGUGAAGGUGGACUUGGAGGGAGGGGGAGUGGUUGGAAGGAGGGAGUUUGGGCUUGAGUGUUACGCUGGAGAGCCAUGCUUUGUUCCUGCGAAGAAGGGAGAGGGUGGAGGUGAAGAGGAUGAUGGGUACUUGGUUACGUACGUGCAUGAUGAGAGGAAGGAGGAGUCGAGGUUUGUGGUGAUGGAUGCGAGCUCGCCGGAGUUGGAGGUGGUGACGGAGGUGGCGCUGCCACGGCGAGUGCCGUAUGGGUUUCAUGGUAUCUUCAUCACUGAAGCUCAACUCCGUUCACAGCGCCCGGUGAUGGUGUGA